AUGAAUCGUCCUCAGCCAAAUCUCCCUCCUUCAUCAAGUUCUGCCGUUGUAUCUUCCCCAUUAUUAGCCCCGAUAAAUGCUCAAAUUCAAAUGACCAAUUCAUCGUUUAUCAAGUCUGAAAUAGAGCGAUUUGAAGGAGUUCAUCCGUCAAUAUAUGCAAUAUAUGAAUUAAUCGAUGAUGUCAAAGAUACAACAGUGCAAAGUCAAAUUCGAGAUCAUGUCAUGAUUAUUGAAGAUUCAUUUGUGAACAGUCAAGAAUGGACAUUGAGUCGUAGUGUACUAGAUAUUCGUCUUGGUCUAUUAGGUACUGUGUCAAGUGGAAAAUCAGCUCUUGUACAUCGAUUUCUUACCGGAACAUAUAUGCAAGAAGAAUCACCAGAAGGUAAAAUUCUACUGUUAUUGUACUUAAUUAAAAUACCUCAAAAUUGUUC